UGGUAUUAAGUGUGUGACGUGAGCAAGCACAAUGACCAGCAGUAUAAGGACCUUCGCACACAGUAGCCAUAUCAUAGUCAACUCUUCUACUUCACCGCUAUCUUCGCACUGCUUUUUCAUUAUUUCACAGCGUGGUGUGUUGGGCAUCAUCAACAAAGAGAACACGAAAUGCCAUAUCAGACAUACCCGUGGUGGUCGAAUGGCUUUGACUUCUUAGAUUCACAUGCGCGCUGUACCAAUCCUCGAUCGUCUCGAAGGCUGCGAGCUCCAUGGUGGGCGUUCUCAGAGCUCGCAGCAGGUCCAUGCUGCGAGUUUUGUGUUACUCAUGACAACAUUCCGAGUCUGGAAGAGGGCCUCUUUGAGCUGAGAAUGGUAGCAUCACCAUAUUUCGACCACGUCCUGGAGGCAUACAAAUGUAUCCAUCGCUACUACAAGCACGGUUUCGAUCAAGAUGGCCCGGAGUCUUAUUAUGUGUCGCGUGAGAUAGAGAGGCUAUCAAAGUUGUUACGCAAAUUGUACUUUGCAACAGGUAUGCAUGAGUUGGCUUCAUGGUCGGACCAGUUGAAGUACAUGGGAAGGGAUACACAAAUGAGUUCCAGACGUUUUCGAUCCAGCGCAAUGUCUAAGCAUCGGAACAAUCGUGGAUCGUUGAUGCCGCUGAUUAUGUUCUAGACAUAGAUGCUUGGACUGCUGGUGUUGAACUCAACUUGCGCUCAUAUCGAAUGGCUUGGAUCACGCUCUAGAGAUUUGCUGCGGUCGCUAUUU